AGCUCCUUGCGCAAUUUGAUGAAUAGAGUCGCUGUCAAAAGCGUUGGAACAGAUGAAGGAAUGUUGAUAGGUGGUCGGCUGUAACGGAGAGGAGCUGCGCCAUGUCUCCUCCUCACGGGCUCCUGUAACGCUGCUGCUUCCUCUUCGGAGCUGGAUGUCGGUGAGAGUUUGUCCAACUCUUCCCGUCCCCGUCAGUCCGUCCCGGGCUCCGUGUUGUGCUGCUUUGCCUUUUCCCCGAAGAGCUAUGGAGACCAGAGCACGUCGAGUCUGAGUGUCAUCAAGGGGCGCGUGUCGAGCUGCUUUUGAAUAUCUCCCCACCUACUCCAAGUGCAUCUCCUUUGGCUCGUGAAGGAGCCUUUUGAGGGCCCACAUCAGCAUGGUGAACAGCCAGGCGUCAGGCGUGACGCCGGCCCCCAGGUCUUGUGCAGGAUGCGGGGGCAAGAUCGCCGACCGCUUCCUCCUCUUCUCCAUGGAGCGCUACUGGCACACUCGUUGCCUCAAGUGCUCCUGCUGCCAAGCCCAGCUGGGAGACAUUGGCACCACCUGCUACAGCAAAGGGGGCAUGAUUCUGUGUCGGAGCGACUACAUCAGGCUGUUCGGGCACAGCGGGGCGUGCAGCGCCUGCGGACAGUCGAUCCCAGCCAACGAAAUGGUGAUGAGGGCGCAGGGAAAUGUUUACCACCUCAAGUGUUUCAGCUGUGCCACCUGUAGAAACAGACUGGUGCCAGGCGAUCACUUCCAUUACAUCAACGGCACAAUCUUCUGUGAGCACGACAGACCCGGCGCUGUCUUGCUCAACAGCCACCUGCCUCCACUUCAGAGCAGCUCUGUGCUGACAGACCAGAAGGUAUGCUGAGUGGCAGAAGUACUGCGUCCCUCCACCCCCCAUGCUUCACUUCUCCUCGGUGCACUCUUCCUCUCCUGCUUCUGUCCUUGUUGUUGUGGAUUCUCAUCACUGCCCGGCCUCUCCUCCACAUGGAGAACACAAUGUCUCACCAGGAUCCCCGUCCGUCAGCGUAUCGGAGACUAUGUACCGCGUACACAUUCACAUUCAUGUUGUGUUCGAUGUUAAAGUGGUCUGUGCAUCAUCAAAGAUGUGCCGUAUGUGUGGAUGGCACUGGCAAAAGGCUUCUUUGGGACCAAGAGAAAGCUGUGGUUAAACAAUGAGGAUGAAAGCCUGCGCCAACUGGAAGCGGGAAUAAAAGAUGCUUGAAUGAACUAUGAUGGACUGCCGUAAAGUGACUGUCAGAGCUCUGCUUAUCCCGUGCGGCAUUAUUUCCCCUGAGCGUCAGUGUUUUUAAUGAACUCUUGAUCUCUCUUGUAUAUGUUAAUCUGAGAUCUUACACACUGAGGAAUAGUUAUCAAAUGGAUU